AUGGACACUAACGGAAGUUCACGACUUCACGUGGAUAAUUCGGAGGUUUUCGUACUCAGAUCAGGAGACGAAGAUGAGUUACAAAAUUCUCAUGAAGGAGACUCGAAUAGUGUUGCAUUUCUUGAUGGCGAUGAAGACGAUAAUGACGAAUCUGCAGAUAGUCAUUGUGAAAUUAUGAGUGUUGAAGAUUUACGAGGAGCAGAGAAGUGGCGUGAUAUCUUCAGGUCUGACGAGAGAUUGAACAGCUUUAUACAAGCUGGAUUCAGUGAUCCACGUAUGCUGUUGGUUCAGGUAUUCGGUAUGGAUGAAGACUCUCUGCCUUCUGAUCCCAAUCACUUGUUAAGCUUAUUAUUAACAAUUUUGGCUGAACCUACCCCACGUCAUAGACUGCGUCAUAUAAAUAGUUUAGAUAACGUUCUCGCACUUCUGUCCACUUCUACAUCAAUUUUGGUAAUCACUGGGGCUGGGAUUUCAGUGUCAUGUGGCAUACCCGAUUUUCGCUCGCGUGAUGGUAUUUAUGCACGAUUGGCUCGUGAUUUUCCUGAUCUAUCAAGUCCACAAGCAAUGUUCGACAUGUCCUACUUUACAAAGAAUCCCGUCCCUUUCUUCAAAUUUGCAAAGGAGCUGUUCCCUGGACAGUUUACGCCUUCGAUUACUCAUCGAUUAAUUGCUCUAUUGGAGUCCAAAGGCAAAUUACUGCGUAACUACACACAGAACAUCGAUACUCUGGAACAAGCAGCUGGAAUAACGCGACUUAUUCAGUGUCACGGUUCAUUUGCUACUGCUACAUGCACAACAUGCAAACGUAAAGUUUCAUGUGAUUCUAUCAAAGAGGCUGUAUUCGCUCAAUCUAUACCACGGUGCACAAAUUGUUGGCCACCCAAGUCGAAUACACCAGAACCAUCAGAUGAAGUUGACGACUCAGAAUCCACUACUAAUUCGUCAAAUCCCUCUGUUGUAGAUGAAAAUUCCAAUUCCAAUCAUACAUCUCAUGGUGCAGCUUCAAAAGUUAAAUCCCUUAAGGAUGGAGAAUCUCGUAGAAAAGCAUCUUAUGGUGUAUUAAAACCAGAUAUUGUAUUUUUUGGUGAAGAUUUACCUAGUGAAUUUAGUGAUUCCCUUGCAUAUGAUGUAAAGGAAACUGAUCUGGUUCUGGUUAUGGGGUCAUCGUUGAAAGUACGACCUGUAGCUCAUAUACCAAAUGAUGUUCCCAGUGGCAUCCCUCAAAUAUUGAUAAAUAGGGAACCUUUAUCAAACCAUGAUUUUGAUGUUGAAUUGUUAGGAGAUUGUGACGUAAUUGUUAGUGAGUUAUGCCAUCGGCUAGGGUGGGAGAUUCCAGGAGUUACAAAUUAUACACCUCUUGUUGAAGUUCCACUGAAUUCCUUAAAGAUUCCCACUGAAUUACUAAAGUCCAUCCCAAAAUCCCCAGAUGCAUCUCAAUCCAAUCCUACUACAGGAAGCAUAGCGCCAAUAGAAUUACCAAGUGACGAAUCUCAUGCAGAUAGUGAAAUACAGUCCACUGAAACAAUUUCUGAUUCAGAUGAAGUUUCUAAGGCGGAGAAAUGUUCAGAUGUGAUUGCCCAGGAUUCCUCAGAAGAUCACACUGCGAUUGGAGUCAGUGAAAAUGAAGACAAAAAUUGUGUAUGGGAGGUAGCAUCACAUUUACCACCCGGGACAUAUACCUACAUCUGUCCGAAUCAGUACGUUUUUCAUGGUGCUGAAAUAUACCUAGAAGGGAAACCAGGUGAACUGACUAUAUCGCGUAGUUCUUCAGAUGAAACUUCAUCUCAUAAAUCCCAGUUGUCACCGUGUACAUUGUUCUCAGGUCAUGAAGAAGAUGAGGACUUGGAAAAAUCAGUUGAAAUUCUUGAUAACGAGGAAGAGGAAUAUGUUUCAUCGGAGACAACAGAUAGUGAGAAUUGUAGUAUUCAGUCUUCAGAAUUUCGAAUAUCUUUAAAAAGACAAAAUUCUCCUGAUCGAGGUCCAUCAGCAAAACGACCUCGAUCGCUAUGA